GGCGUGUGUGUGUGUGUGUGUGUGUGUGUGUGUGUGCGCGUGUGUGUAUAUCCCUACAUGUGUGUGUGUAUGUGUGUGUGUGUUUUCUGCAUAUAUGACACAUGAUCACACAUGCUCUGAACUACUGAACAGAAAAGGGAGGGCUCCAUUUGAAACCUGUUCAUUUGAUGGUUCUCUCCUAUCACCUCACCUUUUUUAUAUUCCACUUAUCCUCCAACAUCUAUGUCUCGAUUGAGCCAUUGUAAACACCUCCUUUGCCUCUGUAGCACCAUCAAAACAGCCACAAACCGUGUCCUCCCUGCACCUCCUUUUCAUGUCAGAGAGGCAUUUUAAUGAGUGAGUCAUUUUUUUGUCCCUCUGUCUGUGCUAUCGUUGUUGUAUCCAAAGUUUAGCUUUGCCUUGUCUGCCAGCUGCCUUUGUCAUUUCAAGCAUAUAUGCUAUGAUAUCCUUUAUGAGAAUCCCGAAAAAUAACACAUUUGAAAUGUCUGGGGAAUAAAUGAAGUAGCCAACUGAUGAAAAACAAUUCCAAUCUGCAGCACUGAAAACGGAAGUGGUGUAGUCUGGCAAUGCCUGUGAAACAUAGCCAAUAGCACAGUUUCAAAUGCAAAUUUCUUGCAUAGCCCAUCUUCAUUCCACUGGUCGAUCACCUGUCUGUGCAUACAUCUCUCUCUCUCUCCCUCUCUCUCUCUCUCUCUCUCUGUUCUCUCACCCUCAAACACACUCAAGCACCCAAAUAGAACAAACUAAAACGCUUACCACAAUUCUCUUACCUUUCAGAGGAUUAAAAAAAGAUUUCUCCCCACUCACUGUCCUCCUCUCAUCUGCACCCUGCCUGUUUUUCGAACCUCCCUGUGAAAUCUCAUUCAUCCAUUGAUUUAUUUCACUUUCCUCCAUCCACGUUUUCCACUUACCAUUUGACAAUUAUUCAUGCUUCUCGCUGAUUUCUCCGAGUGGAACCCUGAUCAUUUCACAAUUAAUUGUAAGGUGAAAUGAAAGCUGGAGCCGUUAUCUGCAGGGCCAUGUUUGCUUUCAAAGGUUCUGAUCUUAAUUAUUCUUGUUAGAAUUUCUUGCUUAAUUUUAAGAGUGGCAUGGCAUGGUGCAGGUGAAAUAUCUUCUGUAUAAUGUUCAGCAAUAUGGAGAUUAAACUGUGGUGAAGUGAGAAUUGUUAGAGCAGGGCAGAAGGUAAUUACAUUUCACACAAACCAAAAAACUUGGACUUGAAAUUUUUAGGCGUGUGUGGCCGUGUGUGUAUGUAUGCGUGUGUGUGUUUCAUACAUAGCAAUAGUCCGAUACAAAGCAACGUAGAGCAAGUCUCAAAUUCAUGCUUUCACCUCCAUCUCUGUCCACAUUGCCCUUUUAUCUUGAAGGAGAAUUUUAUGCAUCUCCACACUGUCUGAAGACUGGCAGAAGAGCUUUUUGAAUGAAUUGUGGUGUGGUGCGUGGAGGAUAAAAUUGGAUUUAGUUUUUUUUCCCUUGAGGAAUUACUCUUUGUAUGGGGGAUUGAACUGAAAUGCUAUAGCUUGUUAAAAAAAUCAACAACAUUGUAAUUUGGGACUUUUUGGUCAUUUCCUAUCGGACUAAACCUGAUUUUAAUACUUUUUCUAAUACUGAAUUUUAAUGGGAUUUUACUACCAAGAAUUAAGGACUCAACACCACUGUCCUUUGACUCUGUUUCAUUUUUGAUUAUUGUAAUACUUUUGUCCCAUCAUCCUGCAAACCUUUAAAACUGCUUUUACUCCAUAAUCAAUUGGACUCACGUCUACGAAGCGAUUGAAUAUAUAAAGGGAGGCUGCAGAUUAUUCACGCUGCAAAAGAACAUCUGAAACACCGAAACCGUCACGUGUAUAUCUCAAUCACUGGAGACUCAACGGCUGAACUACUUGCUUUCCCUCAGCAACUUUCACCCUCUGUCAGAGGCUAUGAGAGGAAGAGCGGCAUCCCAGGCCACACCACCAUGCUAGCUCUGAGAGGCAAGGAUGAGAUUUUGGCUGGCAAUACACAAGGGAUUCUACUCACACUCCUCCUCCACCACCAUGCUUGUCCGUGGCGGCUGUGGCCCUCGAGCUUCUCAGGAAAGGCGGGUAUUGCGCCCGUCCGUCACGCCCGUGACCGCCUCCCCCGCCGGCGCCGCCCCCCGGCCAACGCCCGCCUCUCACUCCCCUUCCCGCCGUCCAGCUCCUCGGCUGCUGGGGCUGCUGCUGUGCCUGCUGCUGCUGCUGCUGCUGCCGCCCACCUGUCUCUCGCGGCGGGACAAGGGCGGCGGGGGCGGAGGCGCCGUGGCCCACUACAUCCCCCCGCUUGCGCACGGGCACCCGCAGUCGUACCCGGUGCUGCCUCGGAUCAUGCAGGGCCUGAGCAUCGCCGUGGUGCUGGUGGGCAACUCGAGCGACGUGGCCCUGGCGGGUGCCCGCGAGAAGGACGACUUCUUCCAGCACAUGAAGCUGGCGCCCAACGUGGAGGUGCUCACGAUGAAUGAGACCGACCCCAAGAGCAUCAUCAAGAGCAUCUGCGACCUCAUGACCGAGCACUGGCUGCAGGGGGUGGUGUUCGGCGACGACACCGACCAGGAGGCCAUCGCCCAGAUCCUGGACUUCAUCUCGGCCCAGACGCACAUCCCCAUCCUGGGCAUCCGAGGGGGCUCCUCCAUGGUCAUGGCUGCUAAGGAUGACAACUCCAUGUUUUUCCAGUUCGGCCCAUCCAUUGAGCAGCAGGCCUCGGUCAUGCUCAACAUCAUGGAGGAGUACGACUGGUACAUCUUCUCCAUCGUCACCACCUACUACCCUGGCUAUCAGGACUUUGUUACCAAGGUCCGUAGCACCAUAGAGAACAGCUUUGUGGGCUGGGAGCUGGAGGAGGUGCUGCUGUUGGACAUGUCGGUAGACGACGGCGACCUCAAGAUCCAGAACCAGCUGAAGAAGCUGCAGAGCCCCGUCAUUCUGCUCUACUGCACCAAGGAGGAGUCCAACACCAUCUUUGAGGUGGCGCACUCCGUGGGCCUCACUGGUUAUGGUUACACGUGGAUCGUACCAUCGCUGGUGGCAGGGGACACAGACCACAUCCCCACCGAGUUCCCUAUAGGCCUGAUCUCAGUGUCGUACGACGAGUGGGACUACAGCCUUGAGGCCCGCGUACGAGAUGGAGUGGCCAUCAUCGCCAAGGCAACCACCAAGAUGAUGUUGGACCGCGGGGCGCACACCCUGCUUAAGUCGGAGUGCCACGGCACCCCUGACAGCAAGAAGGGCCCCAUCACCGGGAACCCCAACGAAGUACUAAGGUACCUCAUGAAUGUGACGUUCGAGGGGCGAAACCUGUCCUUCAGUGAGGACGGCUACCAGAUGCACCCCAAGCUGGUCAUCAUCCUGUUGGACAAGGAGAAGCAGUGGGAGAAAGUGGGGAAAUGGGAGAACGGCUCCCUGGCGAUGAAGUACCACGUGUGGCCACGCAUGGACCUGCCCGGGGGCGAGGGCCGCGACGAUGACCACCUGUCCAUCGUGACGCUGGAGGAGGCGCCCUUCGUCAUCGUGGAGGAAGUGGACCCCUUGAGCAAAACCUGCAUGAGGAACACGGUUCCCUGUCGAAAACAGCUGAAAAUCCUCAAUCAGACCGUCGACUCUGGCAUCUACAUCAAGCGCUGCUGCAAGGGCUUCUGCAUCGACAUCCUCAAGAAGAUCGCCAAACAUGUGAAGUUCACCUAUGACCUCUACCUGGUGACCAACGGCAAGCAUGGCAAGAAGAUCAAUGGGACGUGGAACGGCAUGGUGGGAGAGGUGGUGACCAAGAAUGCCCACAUGGCUGUGGGUUCUCUCACCAUAAAUGAGGAGAGGUCAGAGGUGAUUGACUUCUCAGUGCCCUUCAUUGAGACGGGCAUCAGCGUCAUGGUCUCGCGUAGCAACGGCACCGUCUCGCCCUCAGCCUUCCUCGAGCCCUUCAGUGCGGAUGUGUGGGUGAUGAUGUUUGUGAUGCUGCUGCUGGUGUCGGCCCUGGCUGUGUUUGCGUUCGAGUACUUAAGCCCUGUGGGCUACAACCGCUGCCUAGCUGAUGGCCGAGAGGCUGGAGGUCCCUCCUUCACCAUUGGGAAGGCCAUCUGGCUGCUGUGGGGUCUGGUCUUCAACAACUCCGUACCCGUGCAGAACCCCAGGGGCACCACCAGUAAGAUCAUGGUGUCGGUGUGGGCCUUCUUCGCCGUCAUCUUCCUGGCCAGCUACACUGCCAACCUCGCCGCCUUCAUGAUCCAGGAGGAGUACGUGGACCAGGUGUCUGGCCUGAGUGACAAGAAGUUCCAGAGGCCGAACGAUUUCUCACCUCCCUUCCGCUUCGGCACGGUCCCCAACGGCAGCACGGAGAGAAACAUCCGGAACAACUACCUGGAGAUGCACGGCUACAUGGUGAAGUUCCACCAGAAGAACGUGGACGAAGCCCUGCACAGCCUGAAGACAGGUAAACUGGAUGCGUUUAUCUAUGACGCGGCUGUGCUGAACUACAUGGCGGGUCGAGAUGAGGGCUGUAAGCUGGUCACCAUUGGCUCUGGGAAGGUGUUCGCCUCCACUGGCUAUGGCAUUGCCAUACAGAAGGACUCUAUCUGGAAGAGGCACAUUGACUUGGCCAUCCUGCAGCUGUUUGGAGAUGGUGACAUGGAGGAGCUGGAAGCCAUGUGGCUCACUGGGAUCUGCCACCACGAGAAGAACGAGGUGAUGAGCUCGCAGCUGGACGUGGACAACAUGGCCGGCGUCUUCUACAUGCUGGCAGCUGCCAUGGUCCUGUCGCUCCUCACCUUCAUCGCCGAGCACGUCUUCUACUGGCAGAUGCGCUUCUGCUUCAUGGGCACGUUCUCGGGCAAGCCUGGCCUCACCUUCGCCAUCAGCAGGGAGAUCUACAGCUGCAUCCAUGGGGUUGAGAUUGAGGACAGGAGCUCAGCAAACAAUUCACCCUCUGCCACCAUGAACAACACUCACUCCAACAUCAUGCGCUUGCUACGCACCGCAAAGAACAUGGCAUCCCUGUCUGGCGUCAACGGUUCCCCACACAGUGCCAUGGACUUCAUCCGCCGUGACUCAUCCAUCUACGACAUCUCAGAGCACCGCCGGAGCCUGGCUGGCCACUCCGACUGCAAGCCGCCCUACCUGCCCGAUGACAACAUGUUCAGUGACUACAUCAAUGAGGUGGAGAGGACUUUCAGCAACCUGCACCUCAAGGACAGCAACCUCUACCAAGACCACUACCUGCACCACCACCCUGCCUCCGGCUCACUGCUAGGUCUGUCCGGCCCCCUGCCCAACAGGCCUCACAGCGCUGGCAGCGGUAGCUCCCUCGAGGGGGGCAUGUUUGACUGUGACAGCCUCGGAGGAGUGGUGGCGCCGAUUUUCACCACACAGCCACGCUCUGCUCUGACCCACAGGAAUAUGAGCAAAUUUGACCUGCUGUCCAGCCAGACUCCACAAUCAGGACCAGGCUUUAAACAGGGCCUGGCUGACCUCUAUGGGAAGUUCUCCUUCAAAGGUGGGGCCUCCAGUGCAGGCUACAUUGCUGGGCAUGACCGGUACUGCGGUGGUGGGGAUGAUGGCAACAUCAGGGAUGAUGUCUCAGACAUGUCCACACACACCGUCACCUACGGUAACUUGGAGGGCAAUGCCAAGAAGCGCAAGCAGUACCGUGACAGCCUGAAGAAGCGCCCGGCGUCCGCUAAAUCACGGCGCGAGCUAGACGAGAUUGAACUGGGCUACCGGCGGCGGCCCCACCACAGCCACCACCAUUACUAUGGCCACCGCUCCGCUUCACCGCCACUGCUGCCCUUGGAGCGCAAGAGAGGCGGGGCAAACUCCUCCACCUCCUACCUCUUCCAGGACAAAGAGAGCCUGAGGGACUUCUACCUGGACCAGUUCCGACCCAAGGACGGUGUGCCCCAGUGGGAACAUGUGGACCUGACUGACGGUCCAGGCGGGGGUGGAGGCAGAGGGCUUGGGGGCAACUGCACCAGUCUGGUGUCCGUGGACGACUUCCUGAAAAGCAAACCCAUGAAGUCAGAGAGUAAGGGCUCAGGCGGUGGAGACGUGGCGGGCAGUAGAGAGUGGGAGUGCCGGAACUGCAGAGCCAGCUCAACUAGUGCAGGGGGCAAACAAAUGUCACUGCACAGUGUAGGGGGUGGUGGGUACUCGGGGGGCGUGAUCUGCGGGGCCUCCGGCGGAGGGGUCAGUAGCCGCCCUAGCUCGGCCACCUGCAUGCGCUGUGAAGGGUGCAAAAAGACAGGUAACCUCUAUGACAUUAGCGAGGACAACAACCACCUGUUGGAACAGAUGGGAGAUGGGAAGGGUGGGUUAGGGGGCCCGUCUCAGGCCCAGCGCAGACGCUCGGACUUCAGCGGCAAGCCCCUGCGGCGGCAGCACUCCUAUGACACAUUUGUGGACAUGCAAAAGGAGGAGGUGGCUGGCAUGGCUGGCAUGGCUGGCGUCCUGGGUGGGAUGGGCAGGGGAGGAGGCAUGAGUGGGAUGGAGGCCAUGCUGCCACCACCAAGGAGCGUGAGUCUUAAAGAGAAGGAGCGCUACAUGGAUGGCAGCAGCCCAUUCGCUCACAUCUUUGAGAGGCAUGGCGGCUCGGAGCGGGACCGGGCCCGAGAUCCCUUUUACGGUGUCGAUCGAGCCAACAGACCCGGGUCUCCUUACGGCCUGUUUCGGGGAGAGGGUCUUCACCGGCGCUCGGUGGGCGAGAGGGACAUGCGGGACCGUGGUCUGAUGGAGAGCGGGGUUUACUCAUUGUCUAAAUCCCUCUAUCCUGAUAGGGUGAACCAGAACCCCUUCAUCCCCACAUUCGGCGACGACCAGUGUCUCUUGCAUGGCGCCAAAUCGUACUACAUCAAAAAGCAGCAGCAGCAGCAACAGCAACAGCAGCAGCAGCAGCAGCAGCAGCAGCAGCAGCAGCUGCACAAAGGGAGCCGUACGGACUUGCGGGGCUCAAUGGGAGUCGCCUCCUUCUUGCCUGCCUCAGCUACAGCAGGGGUAAUGUCCAAUGUGGCCCAGAGGAUCCCCAAGGAGCUGUGCCUGGGAGGGCUGGGUGGCCCUAUGGGGAAUCAUCUGGGGGGGCCCAGUGGCAGCAAGCUGGGUCUGGGUCUGGGUCUGGGUCCUCAGCGGCCCUUCAAUGGCUCCAGCAACGGCCACGUGUACGAGAAGCUCUCCAGCAUCGAGUCAGACGUGUGAGAGAGGAGGGGGCAGGGAGGGAGGUAGGGUCAGAGAGCUGAAAAGAGGCUAAUGGAGAUGGCGCAAUGCCAUCUCCACUGCAACCACUCUCCUGAGAGACACAGAGUGUGGUUACACAGAGUGAUCAGGAGAUGGGAGAGAUGAUGGACACUUCAAAAUGGCUAGCGAUUAUGGGGAAUGUUUUUACAUUUAAUGCCAGUAAUACAAGUGUUUGUCCAUGUGUGUGUUCAGCUGGGUGGGUGGGGCUGGCCAGAAAACGCAAAGGAAUCGAGAGAGCAGACACACACAAUUGUUGCAUCCAUUAACUUAGAACAAAAGGUUCUCACUUUACCUCACAGCAUUCUGCAUUCAGCACCAGUUACAGGCAGAGAACGUUCAGUACUCUACAAGUGCUUCGGCAGAAAGGAAGGCUAUCAUUUCCUGCCAUUUUAGCGCGAAGCGCCAAAGCCAAAUGAAGAUAUUCAACCCCCUACAGAGUGCUAAGGAGAAAAGGAAGUUGUGGAGCAGAGUGUCCAUCUGGUGAAGUGGCAGGAGAGCGAGCGAGAGAGAGAGAGAGAGAGAGCGAGAAAGUGAUAGAGAAGGAAAUGAAAACUCUGGUGAAUGAAACCAGGGAAUGGCCUGGUGUAAUCUCCCUUCCUGCCCCACACCUGCUCACUGAUGCUCUCCUCUCCUUUCCUCUCUUCUCCUCUCCUCCACUCCUGUCUUUCUCUCGCCCAGCGCACCACAACAUGUGUCUUUUAUCCUUGUUUGCUAUGGAAAUACAAUCAUGAAUGACAAUACUGAAUUCUUACUGAAGUUAACAGGGUACUAUAAACCUAAUAAUACAAAUAUCAUUGUGAAUAGCCAGGAUAAUAUUAGUAAUGAUUAUGAUAACACUGGUUAUGACAUUAGGUUUGUGUUUUCUUUCUUUGACGUUUAAAAACCUUUAAAUAGUAAGUUAUCUCACUGUCAGCCGACUACGGCAGGAAGCUUGUCAACCUUCACUUACUAACCUGAAUGACUCAGAGGGUCUCAGGGUUGUUUGUUUUUAUUUGUUGUCAUCCAUUUCUUGUUAUAAUUUAGUAAUUAGAAAAUUGUUGAAGACAUUGUUUGCUUAGUGGGAACAGAAACAACAGAUUAAAAGAAAUACUACUACUGUGAUGUAUUGAUUAGACUGAAAGUGGACUGUUUUCUAUGUGGGGAUGGAUUCUGUCCAAAUGUUGGAUACCACAUUAUCAUUUGGUACUCAGAGGUCAUUAUCUAUGGGUCUACAAAUCAUUUUUUGAUUAUGUUAUUUUCAUUUUAUGGGAGAUUUGAUGGGCUAACAUGAUGGCAUCUGCUUAUAGGUGUGCAUGAAGGACAUACUAAGUAACGGUACCCUCUGAUGAUGUUUGACUUGAUAUGGAUGUUGUCUUGACUGGACACAGAUCUGUUACAUUUCCAGUUCCAUAAAUGCAAUGUCCUACAAACCAUGGCUCUUGUUACAUUCCUAUAAUAUCUCUUACAUGUUUUGAAUGUAAGACUAAUGUGUGGGGAAAGGAAAUUAAAACAGCCCCAGUUGGUUUCAUCACUGCUGUUUCUUUAAACAAUGAAGCAGCCUAUUGCACAGAGCAUACGGUUUCUCACCAAGAAAAAUAAUUGACAUAUACAAACAUAGUUGACAUUAUGUUUUAAAUCCUCAAAGAAACUUCAAAAUUUUCUGUGACCACAUUGUGGCCCUCCCUGCCAUUGCAUCAUUGGAAUUGUAAAAGACACACCGUGUCCACAUUAAUUUAUUGAUUAUUCAUCCUGAAGGUCCAACGUGACAAACCCUGACUCAUGACUUUAACUCUUUCAUUUAAAUGGCAUGGUGAUGACAUCUGCUGAUGAAAUUGGGUUUUGAGACUCUGGGGCUUAUCCCGUGAUACAGGGUGAGUGAAAGGAAGAGGACCCUCGCACACAAUGCCAUCUAAACAAAUACCAAACCCCUCUCUGUCUGUGACAACAUGUCUACAUCCUGUUAGCUUGAGACCGUCCCGUUCUACACUGACUCUUCACUCGGGUAGGACGUGGUGUCAAAAUAUAUGCCUUAUCAUACGUAACUGAUUUUAAUGACAAAAGAUAUUGUACAGAAAAGCCUGCUGAUAAUCUUAAGGUAAUAUGUGUAUACAGUUUAAGCUCUCUUAUGUCCAAGGGCUGUGGGGAAGAUGCACGUGGCAAAGUCUAUUACAAAAGAUGGCCUUUUGCUCAUCGGAUCGUACCUGGGAGACUGCAUGGGACAGGAAAGAGGACAUUUAUGUGGAGUGAUCAAUGCAAUAUUUUGAUAGACCCAUCAGUAGUUCACUAACAAUUGCAUCACUCUAAUUUCUCUUUCCAACCAAAAAGAGACAGUGAUUUCGCCUUAUGCUGUAUGUAAUCGACUCAUCUUACUUUACUUUCUAUGUAUCUUGUUCAAUACAUUUUGAAUUUUUAUACACACAUAUUUUUGGAUACCAUUUGGGCCAACAUCUGUAGUAAGGAAUGAAUGAAAAAAGAAAGAAAGAAAGAAAGAGAAGAAAGAAAGAAAAAAAUAGAAAGAAAAUGUAGAGAAGGAAGGAAGACGAGCUGGCAUUGUCGUCAGCACAGACAUGUUACCCUUUUUUCCCUGUAAAUAUGUUUCAGAACUUUUCACUUUGUACAGUCAGAAGUCAGGAUGUAACUUUGAACUAUCUUUUACAAACAUUUAGGAAAUAAACAAAACAGAAAUAAAAAUGGAUAAAAUAGGAAAAAUACACAAAUAAAAAGUUAAAAUAUGCAAGAUAUAGUUAAGACAAAGUAUUACCAAUCAUAAAUGAUACAAUAAGCAUUUCCUUUUGUUUUAAUCUCAUGUUUACUACUUAAUUAUAAUAGGUUACAUAGUAAUAUUAUGAUUCCUUUUAAUAAUAUGCUUUCGCUUUUUUUUCACUACAGUGUUGAGAAGCAAGAUAUUUUGCUGUAUGUUUAGAUGUCUGGUGAAAAGGUCCAGUUUAGGGGCCUUGGCUAAGUUUCCCUUGAAUUGUGUUAGAAUAACUUCUAAGAUGCUCUACAUGCUACACAUAAUGCACAUAAAGUGUCUCAUCUAAUAGGUUAAUACACGAGUAGCUGCAUAGCUGGCAUAGUCACAUAGACACAAUAUAAUGUAACACUUCUUUUAGCAGGUCUGGAUAAUUAUCUUUUUAAAUUAUGUUACUUUGUGUGAACUAACGCAGGUUCAUGCCACAGCAGCAUUGAGGUUCUUGGUUUACCUUUGCAAAUCCACGUAAGAGCAGUAGGAAUUGUCCAAUCAACAGUGAGUCCCAGUUCCAGUUCUUGCAAACUGUUAAGAGUACUUUUAACCACGGAAGAUUCACAACUUGAGUCACUGCUGGACGUCUGAGUCACUUCAUUAUGCAACAAAUCACAAUCAAGAGAUUUGUCAAGAGAGAAAUGCGGUAGUGGAUUGAUUUUAUGAAAUUAACGUCAGUCUAUGUUCAGCCUUUGUUACAUUAUGAUAUUUGGGACGGAAAUGUGCACACAAUUUGAAUAGUUUUGACUCCUGGGUGUUUGUACCUGAUACUGAUCGGAUAGUUUCUUACUUUUUCUUAUAUUUAAUGUAUUUUUAAUACUCUUCUCAUGCUUCAACCUCGUUCUGGUUUGCUUCACAUCGCUGAUUGUGUAGAUCUAAAUAUGUAGCCUAUAAAAUAAUUAUAAUACUCUUUGGUUGGUUUACACACGGUUGGCUACCAUUGUCAAAUGCUCGAGACUGUAACAUACCUUAUUGAUUUGUACAAUUUUACUUUCGUUGUAAUCAUGUCCCAGUAUUAACGGGCAUUUCUACAGCAGAUGUUUUGGCCAAGUCUUUUGCGCUUGGCAGAGCAUCUGGUUUCUUUGGGAGAAAAUGGUUAAAACGGCUUACAUCUAAGUGUUCCAUUGGGCUAAAUCUCAGACGGGAGCUUGUCCUCAUUGAUAACAAUCACAUUAAUUACUCAAGUUGUUGGAACCCUCUGCACAGUAUCACCUCUGGCCGUCCGCGCAAAGCUCCCCCCUCGCGCCUCUAAAAGGCUACAUCAGGCUGUUUACUGGCAUUCGGCGGGAAGGAUUGCAGACUAAGCGAGAAUACGUAAACAGGGCAUAUUUCCCCAAGGCCCUUUGCGUCCGUGGUUCGCUUUCUGCAUCAGAAAGGCAGCAGUCAAAUGGAAAGCUCUAGACAGGAGAAUUUGACAUGAGCAAAUACUGUAUUUUCAACCAAGAACACAGGUGAAGAGGCUACACACAGGUUUGGGAUUGGCAAGACACUUAGAGGCCAGUUUUUCUUUUUACUGUAAUAUGUUUACGCGCAAUGUCAUAUUCCAGAUCAAAAUAACUUUACUGUUGUCUUCAUAGUAUUUACCACUACUGCAACACUUCGUUGUUCAUCAUUUGCAUCAUUAAUUACUAUGUUCAAACAAAAAGCAAUGAAUUAACAGAGCACAAAUUAAUACUGACAGGUAAUCUAAGACACCGACAAAUGCACUACCCCAAUGGAUAUCUACAGCCUUUGUGGCUGAAUAAGAGCAAAUACUUCAGUUUGCACUGUUGUUUAAAUAUCUGGGCACUGUUGUUUAAAUAUCUGGGCACUGUGCCCAGUCUGUCCAGCAUUUCCAUUUAGAGCAGAUGAUGGGCAAGUGAUGAUUGCUUGAGUGUCAGAUGACAUAGCAUAAAUAUGCUUUUAUUUUAUUCAUUUUAGCACUGAAUCAUGUAUUCUGAAUCAUGAAAAAUCAAUCAGGAAAUGUCCAUUAGACUAUGCUUGAUUUGAAUCACAGGAAAUUAAAGUAGUCAUAACAAGAGCUCAGAUUUGUUCUUAGUAUUUGGUGACUUUGUUUUACUUCUCUGUGCUGUGGAGCAUAAACGUGACUAAAAUAUAGCACCAUUAUACUUCAAAUGCAGGAUUGUUACAAAAAUAAGAUUACCAGCCUGGAUACCAUCACUGAGUUAUUUUGUUUCAUCACACAAGGUAACUAGACCAAGAUCAUAUGUUGUACAUACGUUUUAAGUGUGAAGAGGUGGCAAUAUGAAAGCUAUAAUUUUUUUCCAUUCUGCACAGUAGCUAUUGGGUCCUGUUUAAGUUUUAUUUACCAAACCAGAUGCGUGAGUCUGAAUGUCUGUGUGUGCAUGUUGACAACUAUUGUUUAUGUUUUCUAAAACCGUGUGCAUUGUGCACCAUUUCAACUAAUUUGUUAUUGCUUUCCUGGACGUUCUAUAACUACAAUACUGUUUAUAAUUUAAAAAUCAAACUGGGCUAUUAAAAGAUAGACAUCUUUUUUUUUCUGCAGCUUACACUCCUAGAUUACUCUCAGUUGAGGGUGACCGUCAUCUGAAUAUUAGGUUUGGUGUCACAGACUACACUCACCACAACCAUAUACUGUAAAUCCCCCAAAUAAUGCUCCUGCCACAAAUGUAACAUACGUCCAUUAUAACUCUUAACUCUACACAUUUGUUAAUGGACAUUUUUUUUUCCUCUUUUGUGGCCCUACUGUACCUUUGAAAUGUUACCAACAUUUUUACAUUGCGCUGAGGAGAUGAAACAAAAAUGAGUAAUUGUACAGACUGUGUAUAUAUUAAUAAGAGAGAAUGAUUACACUUAUUCCUUCAUUUUUUGUAAGGAAAUAAUGAUGUAAACCUCAAUGACAAAUUAUCAAAUCCAUUGCAAAAAGUUGCAAAACAUAAGUCAUCAUGGUACAGUACCUGUAAUAAGGACACUACUGAUAUGUAUGAGGAUAAGUUCUAAAAUAUGACCUCUGUCUCUUUGUACAUGAUGAACAAACUAAAAAGUGUUCAAUAUUAAUAAAAAAUGCUAAGUCUCA